GAUGAAGCAGCCCUGAAGUUCUUUAGCAGGACAAGCAAGGCAAUGACCGUGAAAAGGACGGCAUUCUUUUGCGUGCGGAGGCUUCAAGAAGUAAAAAGCGAUCUCUCCUUGCCAUCGAGAAGGCAGUUAUGUUUUCUUCUUAAUAAUUAAAUUCUAAGGCAAUACGUUAGGACAUAACGUUCGAGAGUUCAUCUGGAUGCGAUUUUGUGGGGAUGAUCGUGGUCCGUACCUAAGGUCGUUGUUUCAGCUCCGGUGUGUGGAGUCGUCCAUCGGUUCUUUUCUAUGAAAUUCAUGGGAUUUUUGUCACCUGAACGUUGGCCGUGUGGCGAUGGAGGCAAUAAGCGGGUGGUGCUUGAAUUCUGGGCUGAAAGUUGGGAUCUUUGUGGCCUUUCUUGUUUUGGAUGAAUAGGGUUUAUGUGGUUUGUUGGUUUCUCCUGCCACUUUCGUUAGUUUGUGUGGGUGUCUGAGGAGAUACAGGGUUGUUUGUGACUCGUGACCUGUGAGUGUUUAUCCAGUGAUGGCUUCUCCUGGGUUUUUCUUGAUCUGUGCACUCCAUUCUCUGGUAGCCAUAGCUUGUGGAGGUCUUAUGAUGUUCUACUCCUCCGAGGUUUCAGCAAUGAAACUUCAAGGAUCUACACCGCAUGAUCAACUCUUGAUCAAAACCUCAGAUUCCUUUUCGGGUUUGCUGCUUGUGGCUGUCGGCUUCCUACUAAUCAUGGUGGGAUUUGUUAAGGACAGGGAGUUCCAGAGCUUCUUUGCAAAAGGGUGUGUGCUCCUCCAUGUUGUGACCGCUGUUUGGAGGUUUUACUUUGAGAGGAAGGUGGAUGAACUUGCCGACGAGUGGCCAAGGAAGGUUGUCGGCGAUAUUGCGUUAGCAGUUUCCUGGAUCCUCUAUUUGGUGUACUCAUGGAGGGAAAAGUAUGAUUAGCUUGGAAAACUGGAUUGUCUGUGCUGUGAUGAGAGGGACUUCGAAAAUUCCCUUGUAGGCAUUGACCGUGAUUGCAAAAUGCUUAUACAAUCGCCCAGUUAUGCUGCUUUUGGCAUGAAACAAUGCGGGGGAGUUGGAAAAGAACGAAAAGUAGGAUCAUAUGGUGUGAUUGUAAUUCCUGGAUAUUUUGGUUAUGUAAUUUUCAUUAGGCAAUUGUUUCUGCUGGAAUUCCACACAAGCUGGAGGAUGCCCGUGUUUUCAUCUUGUUCACAGGUGUCUCAAAAAUCUCAGGGAUCAAUUAAUUUUCGUUAUCUUGAAGAUGGGUCAGAGGUUGGAGUUUGGAGUGUGCCAUCAUUUGCUUCACGUUGGGAAAUUAUUUUGUAGAUCUUACUCACGGAUAAUAGCAAUGAGUGAAUAAUGUCCUAACUCACCAGCUGUUGGUGAUUUCGUGCUUUAGCUGAUGUUGCUUGAAUCUUUCAAGCAGAGAUAAGGUUAAUCUGUGCAGUUCUGCCUGUUUGCUUUUAAGUCAUCCAAGAGGAUAAAGCUUGUUUCCUCAAUUGAAGUUGUUGUACAUUCAGAUUGACUUCUUUGUUAAAACAUUCUCUGUCAUGCCUUUGUCCACCUCAAUACAAAAUUAGCCAUUUACCUGCAAA